UGGCUCAAUAAGCCAAAUAAAACUGCGCAGUAAACACAUCUUCUUCACUCUCAAAACCUUAUCCCCUUAUGGUGUUAUCCUCAGCCAUGGCUUCACUGCUUCUAGCUUCACCUCCACCAUUCUCCACUCAACUCCACACUUCUUCCUCUUCUCACCUUUCUUUCUCUCACUCCCAAACCCUCUCCCCUUCACCACUCUCCACUUCUUCUCUUUCAGUUUCACACUCUGCAGCGACUUCCUCUUCUCCUUCUCCAAUUCCUUAUGUCUACUGUGGCAGAGGUGACAAGAAAACUGCAAAGGGAAAGCGCUUCAACCAUUCAUUCGGAAAUGCAAGGCCAAGGGACAAGAAAAAGGGUAGAGGACCACCGAGGCUGUUUUCUCCGCCGGCGCCUACGAAGAAGGAUCGUUUCGAAGAUAAUGAAGUGGUGAAGAUUGAAAUUGAUGAGUCUCUCUUUACUAGCUGAAUUUGUUAUUGAAUUGUAGUUCUAAAAUGUUUCAUUGUUUAGUUGUUGAUAUUUGAAUUGCAUUGCUCUAUGACAAUAUACAAUAUGGAUUUUGAUUAUAUUAUAUGAUGAGUUUUAACUAUCUUUAUAUUA